CGAGCCUGCCUCCCGCCCGGACGUUCUCUGCGAUGGCGGCCUCCGAAAAGCAAGGUGGCUCAGAGCCUGAGCCUAGUCCUCACACGGAUGUGGCCCAACGGAGCGUGUGGAGGUCGAUCGCAUUGGUCGCGACGUGUACUAUGGCUAUGAUUCUGAAUACCGCUGGCUCUUCGGCGACGUCCAUCGCUUUGCCGACGAUCGGACAAAAACUGAACAUCGUUGAAUACAAGCUUCAAUGGAUCUUGUCCGCGUAUUCCCUCAGCUCGGGCUGUCUGCUUCUGCUCCUCGGCCGUCUGGCAGACCUCUACGGCCGCAAGCUCGUCUUCCAGCUCGGCUUGCUAUGGAUGUCUGUGUUCCACCUAGGUUGUGGCUUCUCCCAGAACCAGAUCACGAUCGACGUCCUGCGAGGUCUCCAGGGCAUCGGCGGCGCAGCCGUCGUACCCGCUUCUCUCGGCAUCCUCGCGCAUGCCUUUCCCCCAUCUCGCGCCCGCGCCAUCGCGUUCUCCACCUUUGCUGCAGGCGCACCCAUGGGCGGCGCGGUUGGUACGCUCAUCGGUGGUGUCCUCACACAGCUCACGGCCGCAACAUGGCGAUCGGUCUUCUUCCUUAUGGCUGGCCUUGGCGUGGCUUGCUUUGCCGGUGGCUUCUUCGCCAUAGACAAAGACUUGCCGUCGACUGAGAAGGACCGUCGAGUGGAUUGGCUCGGUGCUUUCCUCGUGACCGCCGGUCUUGUCCUCAUCGUUUUCGUACUCAGCGACGGCACUAUUGCGCCAGAGGGCUGGGGCACCAGUUAUAUCAUCGCCUUCAUCGUCAUCGGCGUCUUCCUGCUCGCUCUCUUCGUUGCUUGGCAGUAUUACUUGGAGAAGAUCCACUCAGACCCCGACCGGGCUGCCCGGGCUGCCACCAAGUGGUACCAGGCCCCACCUCUCAUGAAGCUCUCCAUCUGGACACGUAUGAAUGGCCGCAUGGCCGCUAUGCUUUGUAUUUCUUUCCUGGAGUGGUGCAGCUUCUUCAGUUGGAUGCUCUGGGUGCAGCUUUACUAUCAGAACUUCCUUCUCCUAACCCCGGUAUUAACUAUGGUGCGCUUGAUCCCGAUGUUUAUCACCGGCUGCAUCUGCAACUUCACCGUCGCGGUUGUGGUCGGCCGCAUCGAUGUCGUCUUCCUCAUCGUUGCGGGCACCGCUCUGACCGCAGUCGCCAACCUCCUCUUUGCAGUCAUCAACGUGCACUCAUCGUACUGGGCCUUCGGCUUUCCGGCUGCGAUUCUGUCCGUGUUCGGUGCGGACUUCGUGUUCGCCUCCGGCUCGCUGUUCGUCGCGAAGAUAAGUCUGCCGCACGAGCAGAGCCUGGCGGGGGCCCUCUUCCAGACCAUGAGCCAGCUCGGGAACUCCUUCGGCCUCGCCAUCACGACGAUCAUCUUCAACUCCGUGCUGGCGAAAGACUCAAAGAAGGCAGGCGUCGCGGUCAACAAGUCCGGCACGAACGCACCCUACUUUGCGCAGGAGGACGCCUACAAGGCCGCGAUGUGGGGCGGCUUCGCGUUCGGCGUCCUCGGUGCGCUCCUCGCCGCGGUCUUCCUCCGCCAAGUCGGCAUCGUCGGGCACCGCCAGGACGCUGUUAAUGCCACGGACGAAGAGGCCACCACGCAUGCUGAUGGGGAGUUCAAGGCGAGUGAGAUGGAGAAGGAUCCUGAAGCCUUCCGGCAGUUUGCAGAAAAUAAACAGUGAUAGUGACCGACCGCCCGCUACUCAAUGUCGUGACCCCUGCUCACCAUAGACUUUUCACGCAUCCUCACGCACUUCUCCUUCACGGGCUUUAUGACACGACAUCGUAGACACCCCUACAUCCGUAUUGGACAGCACAAAUACACAG